UAUGGCUGAUCACUGUGCCUACUUUGUCAACAUAGGAUGUGUCCCAGGCAAUAACUUCAGUGUUUUGUAUAAUUUCGUUGAACCAGUCUUGUGAUUCGUUGCCGGGCUGUAUCACCUUUUAGCCGCCCCUGGUAAUUGAUGUUUUAGGGCUGCAAUGAGUGAUGUGGUUGAAAAAACUCUCACUGCUCUCCCCGGUCUGCUGUCUUUGGACUCUCAAACAGGAGCCGGGAAACUUUCAUCCACUUCAAAAUUAGGGAAUUUGAUCAGAAGUAUCACAGAACUUACAUCCAAAUAUGAUGAAGAAAAACUCAUCAAACGUGAACUGGCUGCCAUUAAGGAGCAGGUGUCUUCACCCAACACGACUAUGCGGCAGAUGAAGGAGAUGAUGGUGCGGAGCGUCUACUGUGAGAUGCUGGGCUACGAGGCGCACUUCAGCUACAUCCACGCCAUCAAGCUGGCGCAGCAGGGCACGGGACUGGACAAGAGAGUAGGCUACCUGGCAGUGUCCCUGUUUCUCAAUGAAAACCAUGAGCUGCUACUCCUCCUCGUCAACACAGUAUUAAAGGAUCUUCAGAGUACAAACCUAAUUGAAGUGUGUAUGGCUUUAACCGUUGUUAGCCAAAUGUUCCCCAAAGACAUGAUUCCAGCUAUUCUGCCACUGGUGGAAGAGAAGCUGACUCACCCAAAGGAGAUAAUCCGUCGGAAGGCUGUGCUGGCGCUCCACAAGUUCCACCUGAUCGCCCCCAACCAGGUGCAGCACAUACACAGCAAGUUCCGCAAAGCCCUCUGUGACAAAGACCCCGGAGUCAUGGCCGCAUCCCUACACAUCUACCUGCAGAUGAUCAAGGAGGGGGCGGAGGCGUACCGGGAGCUGGCGGGCAGCCUGGUGGGCAUCCUGAGGCAGGUGGUGGGGGGCAAGCUGCCCGCCGAGUUCAACUACCACAGUGUGCCCGCGCCAUGGCUACAGAUCCAGCUGCUACGCAUACUCGCUCUGCUGGGCAAGGACCACCAGAGCACCAGUGAGCUGAUGUACGACGUCCUGGAUGAGUCCUUACGCAGAGCCGAGAUCAAUCACAACAUCACCUACGCGAUCCUGUUUGAGUGUGUGAAGGCCAUCUACACUAUCCACCCCAAAGCAGAGCUGAUGGAGAAAGCUGCAAAGUGCAUCGGAAACUUUGUCUUGUCGCCCAAGAUAAACCUCAAGUACCUGGGGCUGAAGGCUUUGACGUACGUCGUCCAGCAGGAUCCCAAUCUGGCCCUUCAACACCAGAUGACCAUCAUAGAAUGUCUGGACCAUUCUGACCUCACCAUUAAACGAGAGACGCUGGAGUUGCUGUACCGCAUCACUAAUGGUCAGAAUGUGGCGGUCAUCGUGGACAGGCUGCUGGGCUUCCUGCGGCUAUGCAGUGACGACUACACCAUCAUGGACCUGGUGGGGAAGGUGGCCGAGCUGGCAGAGAAGUAUGCGCCUGAUAACCGCUGGUUCGUGGAGACCAUGAGUACGGUGUUCUCGCUGGGCGGAGACCUGAUGCCCCCCGACAUCCCCACCAACUUCCUCCGCCUCCUGGCAGAGGGCUCUGACAGUGAGGAGGAUGACCUACAGUUGAGGGUGUACGCUGUGGAGUUGUACGUGUCCCUGCUGCAGACUGACCACACCAGCCUACCCCAACGCUUCCUUCAGGUCAUCAGCUGGGUGUUGGGUGAAUACUCCCAGCUAGUGGACACUCUGAGUGCGUCCCAGGUCAUCGCCCUGCUGGUGCCUCUGCUGGACCGACCCGCCGUCACCUCGGACACGCGCAGCUGGGUUCUGUCGGCGGUGGCCAAGCUGUGUGGCGCUGCGCUGGGUCCUGGUGCUGGUGCUGGUGCUGGUGCUGGUGCUGGUGCUGGUGCUGGUGCUGGUGCUGGUGCUGGUGCUGGUUCUGGAGUGGAGGGGGCGGAGGGGGCGGGCCGGGUCCAGCGUGUGGCCCAGCAGCUCAGCUCGUCUCUGGACACGCAGCUCCGGCAGCAGGCCAUGGAGCUCCAGCUGCUCAGCACUGACCCCCAGCUGCAGGCCCGCGUCCUGACCCGCAACACCAGCCUGGAGGUGGACUCGUCCUUGUCCUUCCUGGAUGGUUUUGUGUCUGAGGCGUUGGCGAGAGGAGCGGCUCCGUACAAACCCCCCCACCAGAGACAAGAGGAGCUGCGACAGGAGAAAGCCCUGUCCCUGGAGCCGUACGGUCUGUCCCUGCCCAUCAGCCUGUCGUCCUGCAGCAUAGCGGACCGCCAGUCUCCCACGCUGCUCUCCAUCAGCUCCGGCCUCUCAGGAAACAGCACGGAGCUCUCACACAGAGCUGGCUCGGGCUCCUUGAGGCUGGACGGGGUGAAGAGGAAGUGGGGUAAAGAUGGCUACCUGCCCCAGAAGGAGGCUCCGGAGGAGAGCUCGGCCCCUCAGGACACCAGCGCCCCUGCACCUCAGCCCUCCCCCCAGCAGGGCGGCGCCCUCACCCCCCCGAGCGCUGAG